AUGGUAAGCUCUGAAUCAGAGGAGCAGCGUGUAACUGGAGAGGUUGACAUGGUAAGCUCUGAAUCAGAGGAGCAGUAUGUAACUGGAGAGGUUGACAUGGUAAGCUCUGAAUCAGAGGAGCAGCGUGUAACUGGAGAGGUUGACAUGGUAAGCUCUGAAUCAGAUCAGCAGUAUGUAACUGGAGAGGUUGACAUGGUAAGCUCUGAAUCAGAGGAGCAGCGUGUAACUGGAGAGGUUGACAUGGUAAGCUCUGAAUCAGAGGAGCAGCGUGUAACUGGAGAGGUUGACAUGGUAAGCUCUGAAUCAGAGGAGCAGCGUGUAACUGGAGAGGUUGACAUGGUAAGCUCUGAAUCAGAGGAGCAGCGUGUAACUGGAGAGGUUGACAUGGUAAGCUCUGAAUCAGAUCAGCAGUGUGUAACUGGAGAGGUUGACAUGGUAAGCUCUGAAUCAGAUCAGCAGUGUGUAACUGGAGAGGUUGACAUGGUAAGCUCUGAAUCAGAGGAGCAGUGUGUAACUGGAGAGGUUGACAUGGUAAGCUCUGAAUCAGAUCAGCAGCGUGUAACUGGAGAGGUUGACAUGGUAAGCUCUGAAUCAGAGGAGCAGCGUGUAACUGGAGAGGUUGACGUCUAA